AAAGAAGCCAUCGAGAAACUGGGACCCCCUAAACGCCAGGAAGGCUUCCCGGAGGAGAGGUUGGCAGUGUGGGGAAGUUGGAACAACCCGGCUGGAUGCAACCCCCAGGACAGAAUGGUGCUGGAUUCAGGGGCUCAGGUGUAUGAGCAGGCCCCCCUCAGCCUGCCCAGUCCCUUGUCCCAGAGCCAUAGGCUGAAGCCCUCAGACCAAGAUGGGCCACCCCUGUGCUCCUGGCCUCAGUCGCUGGCUCUGGCAGUGCCCCCAGCACUGCAGCCCCAGACUGAGUGGCAGACCUUCUCAAAGCAGCACUCGGACCACCGUGGCCACAUGCGUCGUAGCGAGAGUAUCUGCACUGUAAAUAGUGUUGGUGGACGAGGCCGUGGCACCCAGGGACUGGCCUCAUCCAGGCGAGGACUGGACCCAGGUGGAGGCACCCUGCGGUCUGCAGCCUCCCUACCCCACAUUGCUAAGACUCGAAAAGAUGCAAGCAAUGGUACGUCCAAGAGCCCUUGCAUGUUGGUGGCUCUUCGGCCAACCAAUAUGGACCAUGAGCGGAGUAAGUUCUUCCAGUCCAAUUACACCUACAAUCCACAAUUCCAGUACCAGGAGCCCAUGCCCACAGCUGUGCUGGAAAAAUACCGCGAAGCCUCUGGACAGUUCAUCCAACAGGCUGUUGGCAUCAUUGAGGCUGUCCUGGAGAAGUUUGGCACCUAUGAACACUUUGAGGCCUCCACGGGUGGCCAGCUGUUGACCAAGUGCCAGAUCUGGUCCAUUGUGCGCAAAUACAUGCAGAAGGAGGGCUGUGUUGGGGAGAUUGUGGUACAGCUGAGUGAGGACCUGCUAUCCCAGGCAGUGAUGAUGGUGGAGAACAGCCGACCCACCCUGGCCAUCAACUUGACUGGAGCCCGCCAGUACUGGUUGGAGGGCAUGCUGCGACACGAGAUAGGUACCCACUACCUGCGGGGUGUGAACAACGCUAGACAGCCCUGGCGUAGUGCCGAGGGCCGGCUGCAGUAUGGUCUUCGGCCAGCCAACCCCACGGAGGAGGGCCUGGCCAGCCUGCACAGCGUGCUGUUCCGCAAGCAGCCGUUCUUGUGGCGCGCAGCCCUGCUCUACUACACCAUCCACCGCGCCGCGCACAUGUCCUUCCGCCAGCUCUUCCAGGACCUGGCGCGCUACGUGCAGGACACCAAUGUGCGCUGGGAGUACUGCGUGCGUGCCAAGCGGGGCCAGACCGACACCUCCCAGCCUGGCUGCUUCAGCAAGGACCAAGUGUACCUGGACGGCAUUGUGCGCAUUCUGAGGCAUCGCCAGACCAUUGAUUUCCGGCUGCUGACCAUUUUGGGCAAGGUCUCCUAUGAAGAUGUGGACCAUCUGCGGCCCUAUGGAGUACUAGAUAAGACCCGUGUGCCUCACUUCAUGCAGGACUUGGAACGCUACAGGCAGCAGCUAGAGUACAUCAUGACUACCAACCGGCUGGAUGAAGCAGAGCUAGGUCGUCUGCUGCCUGAGUGAUAUUGGUUGAGGGCAACAAGCAGAAGCCCUGGACAGAGGUCUCUAGGUUGGCCCCCAGAACACGAAGCUGUCUGCUCUGUG